CAGCAACCAGCUAGCUGAUUUCCAACCCUACCACCUCUUCUUGUCUCUCUUUUUAUUUAUGUUUUUCAGUCUCUCUCCACCCACCAACUUUUUUUGUGUGUAAAAGAUCUUGAGAAAAAAUAAAAAAGAAUCAGUAUUUUUAGUUCAACAAUAUUUUGGUACUGUACUUCAUAGUUAGUUCCGCAAGAUCAUCAUAGUGGUGAUCUUGUUAUAUUUGUUUUGGGUUUGUUAAAAUUCUCAAGAUCUUCUUCUGUUUCAAAACUCAUUAAACUCCCAUCUUUUUUUUCUUUUCAAAAACUCUUGAUCUUGAUCUUCACUUAUUGGCUGAUUUGAAUCAGUUUUGAUCAAAUUUAAGAGUUACCCUUUAAACCCUUUUGGAAUUUAAAUUAAAAAGUUUGUUUCUUUCACCAUGAUCUGCAGUAUUAAGCAAUCUGUUCUAACACCAUCAAUCAAUGGAUCAGACACAAUUUUUCGCAGAAAAAUUACAAGAUCUCAGUUUUUGCCCUCACUUUCACUUCAAAACAAUCCAAAAAGAGUUAUUUCAAUGUCAAAGCCCUUACAUGUCUCAUCAAUUGAUUCACCUUUUGCAGUCUCAUCAAAGAAAUCUUUGAUCACUUGCAAGGCUUAUGAAGCUGAUAGCUCACAGCCACUUGAUGCAGCUGAAGUGAAAUCUGAGGGUGCAAGAAAGGUUAAAAUUGGGAUUUAUUUUGCAACUUGGUGGGCUUUGAAUGUGGUGUUUAAUAUCUAUAAUAAGAAGGUUUUGAAUGCUUUUCCAUUUCCAUGGUUGACCUCUACACUUUCACUUGCUUGUGGAUCUCUUAUCAUGUUGGUUUCAUGGGGUACGAGGAUUGCUGAGGCUCCUAAGACUGAUUUGGAGUUUUGGAAGACUCUGUUGCCUGUUGCCGUGGCGCAUACAAUUGGGCAUGUGGCUGCAACAGUAAGUAUGUCGAAGGUUGCAGUUUCAUUCACUCAUAUCAUUAAGAGCGGUGAACCUGCUUUUAGUGUCUUGGUUUCAAGGUUUCUAUUGGGUGAAAGUUUUCCUCCCGGUGUUUACUUGUCCCUUCUUCCGAUUAUUGGUGGUUGUGCACUUGCUGCUGUUACCGAGCUCAACUUUAACAUGAUUGGUUUUAUGGGUGCCAUGAUCUCCAACCUGGCCUUUGUUUUCCGGAACAUCUUCUCAAAGAAAGGCAUGUCGGGGAAAUCUGUUAGCGGAAUGAACUAUUAUGCCUGCCUCUCUUUGCUGUCUCUCUUGAUUCUUACGCCUUUUGCUAUUGCUGUGGAGGGACCGCAGCUGUGGGCAGCAGGGUGGAAAACUGCCGUCUCUCAGAUUGGACCGCAUUUUGUAUGGUGGGUGGUGGCCCAAAGUGUAUUCUAUCAUCUGUACAACCAAGUGUCGUACAUGUCCUUGGACGAAAUCUCUCCCUUGACUUUUAGCAUCGGGAACACCAUGAAGCGUAUAUCUGUCAUCGUCUCCUCUAUUAUCAUUUUCCACACGCCUAUCCAACCAGUCAAUGCUCUUGGAGCUGCCAUUGCAGUCCUGGGAACCUUCUUGUAUUCACAGGCAAAGCAGUGAUAAUGCUCGGAUAAGGUGAAAUAAGAUAUUCGUCGUGUAACGUAAAGCGCUGAGAGAAAUUGUGUUGAGUUUAGGGUUAAUAGUUGCUGUGUUUGAAGAUCCAGCAGCAGUAUGUUUAUUGUAGAUAAUAAAUUAAUAAUAAAUAAUCAGUGGUGAACAUUGGUAUUAUACAUGUCAUUAGUGAGGUUUAGUUUAGGCUGAGGAGUAAAUGUUUUUAAUAAGCUUGGAUAAUGUCAUUAUCCAAAUGUUGUCUUUUUCUGACAAACAUGAUUAACAUUUUGAGAUUUAUUUGAAUUUUAUUUUGCAA